GUACGGCAGCAGGUAGAGGAGCAGGUGGCACAGAAGUCCACUGAGCUGGAGCAGUACCUGCAGCGGGUUCGGGAGCUGGAGCACAUGUACAGUCAACUAGAGGACGCUCUGGAGGACGAGAGGCGUGCUAGACAGGACGAGGAGGUCGUCCGCAAGCUGCAGGCACGGUUGCUGGAGGAGGAGGCCACAAAGAGGGCAGAGUUGGAGGAGUUCCACCUGCGGCAGCAGCGCGCCAUCUCAGAGACAGAGGCUGAGAAACAGGAGCUGGAGAGGGAACGUCUGGCCAAGGAGAGUGCCCUGCAGGCAGCAAUGAAACAACUGGACCAGCUGGAGAUAGAGAGGCAGGGGGCGCUGGAGCAGUACCAGACGGUCAUGAAGAAGCUGGAAGACGCAACCAACAACACCAAGACCUGGAAGCACAAGGUGGCUGAACACGAGGGCUUGUUAAGGCUCAUUCAACCAGGUUCCAAGGGACAGCAGCGGAUCACCAACUGGGGCCCAGCAGCCUUUUCUGAUGCAGAGCUCAGUCUAAGAGAGAAGAAGUGGCAGGAGACGAAGAACCAGGCGACCCAGGCCCAGUAGAGCCUUGAACCUUAAACAUGUCUACAAGUCAGAAGGGAAGCUGGAAUAUAUUGCUGGUAACUGGGUUUUCAGUGGCAUAAUUGCUCAGUAUGAGCCAGCACUGAUAAGUGUAUUGGUAUACCUUUGAACAAGUCUGUCAUUGUUAGUCACCAUAGAUUAAAGUAGACUCAAUUCACAUUUUUACCUUAAAGUUCACUAAUUCUAGCAGGCAGCCAACAAAAAUACUAAGUGCUGACGUGAUAACACCAGGAAAAAUAGCUUUGCUGUUAAGAUGUGUGUCUUCCUUUGUUGCUAAAUAUAUUGACUGCUAUGCCUUGCUACUUGGUGUUGUAUAACUAAGCAGCUAAAAAUGUAGAUUGGUGAUGUGUUUAAAGGGAGUUUUUUUUCCAAAACUGUGUACAGUAUGUAAAAUAAGUUGUAAAGGCAGCAGAGCUCACUUGGCAAGGUUGGGUCAACCCUAACAACCACCAUAGGUAGAGUAUAUUACAGACAGUUUAGGCUACAGAGCAGGAAAAUACAUUUAAACGGUGCCUUGGCCUUCUUUAUUUUUCAGUGGCUUAGCAUUGAUCCAAUAUUCACCUACUGUGCUAGCAGAUUGAAUGACACACCAGCCCUGAUAUUACAAUAAAGUGUACAGCGAUAUUGUAUAUCCUCAUGUAUCACUGUACACACAACAUCUAUUGCAUGUUGUUUCUUCCAUUUUUUCCCCCCUGUUAAAAAGGGAGUUUUUCCAUUAUCGGAAUUGAGGGUUUAAGGACGGGGGGGCCAGAAGCCCCUUGAGGCAAAUCUUGAUUUGCGAUAUAUGGAUGUAUAAAUAAAACUGACUUGACUACAGCAGCUGGCCAAAUUUUAAAAGACAACUCCAUCUACUUAGACCUUCGGGUCUUCUGUAGGACCAAUGGGCAGCUCACUAUAGAAGCUAUAAGUCCCUUUUUUACAACGCUGUUAGUACUUCACAGCCUAUGAACAGUGGACACUCACAUCCUGUAUAGAAUAGCUGACCAAGGCUAAAAGCUAACAGUAUACUUAAUUUAAAUCUAUUCAUUUUAAGAUGUGCAGCUUAUUAAGUCUUGUAAAAUACCUUUUAUCUUUUUCUUCCACUUUGUCCUGUCUUAACAAUAAAUGCACUACUUUUGACUAGAGUCUAAUCAGUCCAACGCAAACUGCUUGACCAUGUUUUAGAUUCACGCUGUUAUAAUGUUAAGAGAGCGUGAACCACACCUACCAAGUUGUAAGAUCUACUACUCUCUUUCAUGUGACUAUUUUCCUCUUAACCCUUUGGGACCAUUUUUACAUGUUUGAAAAAAAAUAAAACACAUUUUAACAAUGUUUUGUCAGAGUUUUUGUUUUCCGUAAAGUUAAGCACUUGAGGAUGACAUGUUUAAUGUAAAGUCAAUUAUCUUUAAACAAAGUUGUCGUCUAAUAUAACACCAUACCAUGUACAAUUUACUAAAUCUUUUAUUGUUUUUAUCAAAAUGCUUUUUUCUCUGGUUUGUCUGCCCUAGGUUUAUACCUGUUUAAGGAACUGGCUUAAACAUUUCCUGCUCGUGAAUGCUGUCAGAAAUAGGGCAUUUUGCUAAAGUCUCACUCCAAACAGGAAUGCUAUCUGCAGAACAUUUGUACUGUGUUGUUGUACUGUCACAAUCAGUGCCUUUGAUGCCGUCAUGAGUCCUGAACUUGGUGUUUUAUAUAUAUAUAUAUAUAUGUACCGUAUGUAAAAAGCUGAAGACUGAAUUAUGUAAUAAACAUGCUGAACAAGUGG